GUAAAUAAGACCGCCAAAAACUGUUUUAUUUACAAAAGUGAUGCCGGCUGUUUUAAUGUACCGUUCCCAGUUGUUUUAACAGUUUUUUGUUCUUUUUGGCUCUUUAUUUCUCGCCCAUUUCCGUGUGGUUUUUUUACACUACGCGUAUAAUGGCGAGCUCGGCUAACUCGAACCCAGUGCCUAAACUGUACAAGACUGUGAUUGAGGAUGUGAUAAACGAGGUCCGAGAGUUGUUCCUCGAUGAGGGAGUGGAUGAACAAGUCCUUCUGGAGCUGAAAACGCUAUGGGAAAGCAAACUUUUGCAGUCCAAGGCGGUAGACGGCUUCCACUCGGAGGACCAGGCUGCCCUGCAGGCCGCUCAGCAACAGCAGCAGCAACACCAACAGCAGCAACAGCAAGUCCAACAAGUCCAGCAGGUUUCCCAGCCUGCACAGACCCAGCAAGUCAUCCUGUCUCCCCAGCAGCAGCAAGCCCCCCAGCAGCAAGUUCUUGUUCCAGAUUCCAAGAUCCUACAGCACAUGACUGCAACGGGGAUGAGUGCAGCAGCUACACAAGCGGCGCUUGCUCUGCCCACAGGGGUCACACCGUAUCCCCAGCUCAUCACCAGCUCAGGUCAGUUCCUGCAGGUUGUCCGUGCGCCUAACGGGGCUCAGUACAUAAUUCAGCAGCCUCAGCAGCCCAUCCUCUUGCAGCAGCAGAUGCAACCAGGCUCUGUGCAGGCCCCAGUCAUCCAGCAGGUCCUGGCUCCUCUACAAGGAGGCCUGUCUCAACAAACUGGAGUCAUCAUCCAACAGCCACAGAUCGUCUUAGCUCCUGGAAACAAAGUCCCAGGCAACACACAGGUGAUGCAGGCCGCUGCAAUGGCGCCCCAGACUGGUCAGGCAGCGGCUGCAGCUCAGGUCCAGCAAGUCCAGCAGGCUCAGGGCGCAGCAGCACCACAGGCCCAAGUGCAGCCACAGCAGGCGGGUCAACCCCAGGCUCAGCAGCCGCCCAUAAUGCUGCAAGUGGACGGGGCCGGAGACACGUCCUCGGAUGAAGAUGAGGACGAAGAAGAGGAGUAUGAUGAAGAUGAGGAGGAGGAGAAAGACAAGGACGGGGGAGAAGAUGGCCAGGUGGAGGAGGAGCCACUGAACAGCGGCGAUGAUGUCAGUGACGAGGAGGGCCAGGAGCUGUUUGACACAGAGAAUGUAGUAGUGUGCCAGUAUGACAAGAUUCACAGAAGUAAGAACAAAUGGAAAUUCCAUCUAAAAGACGGCAUCAUGAAUCUGAACGGGAGAGACUAUGUCUUCUCCAAAGCCAUCGGGGACGCCGAAUGGUAAGGACGACAAAAAAAAGCCAAGCAACAGGAGCAGGGUCUCUGUUACUCCUCCAGUCCAGUUAACAGACAAUAUCAAUAUCCUUCCAUAUCCUGUGACUGGAUUUGAUUUUCGGGACACGUCGGGAGUCCUAAGAGAACUCUGACAACCCCCAAAAAGGACUGUGAGGGUAUCGUAUACAACCUGGGUCUUGCCGAUAGCACUCGGCGAGCCAGCCUUGCAGGAUGAGAAAACCGACAGCGAAAGGGAAAGCCUGCCCUUAUUUUUUAUUUUUUUUGUUUCUCGGUUUCGAUCCCGAGUUGUUUCCCACAUUUCACACCAUGCAGGCGUUGAGAGGACCAGAGUGACCACGACCUACUUCCAGGCUAAAGGUCAUUAAUUCGAAACUUGUCACGCACUGUAGACAGUAGACAGGUUCAACUCGUCUACGUUCGAGUCCAAACUUAUGAUUGCUGCCUUCACUUCUGCCAGAAUCAACUUUUUGUUUUUUGUUCUGGUGUCUCAAGUUUUGGAAAAUGGUGCUCCGGAGCGUUUUAUGUACUUUUAAACGUUUUCUUUUAAAUUGAAGGGUUCUAACAAAGAAGUUUAAAAAAAUGACUUAAAUCUCAACACUAAUUUAUAAUUCUGUAAAGGCAUUUUUUUUUUCCAAAAUGAUUCUGCAACUAUUCCUUCUUUCCCGACGCCAGUUUGUCUGUAGCCCCGGUCCAGUCAGCAAUUUGGAAUGAAGAAUGAACAAAUUUUGUGUGAAAUGUAAUUUUUGGCAUCUGUCAUUUUAUCAAUGUGUGUGCGCUUAAAGCAGUUAAGUUAAUUAAUACCCACUGUGUGUGUGUGUGUGUGUGUGUGUGUGUGUGUGUGUGAGAGAGCGAGAGUUCACCAUUUGUUGAUUGCACCACUGAGCAUCACCCCCCCCCCAAAAAAAAAAAUUGAAGCUUUUUUUGUAUUUAUUCAUGAAAGUUAUUUGUGAUGUACUUUUUUCGAGUCACACCAAACUGUGCUCUUACAAUCAAAAUAAGUGUUCCUUUUUUGUGUUGGCUGAACAAAGCUGUGUAACAUUGUUCCAAAUCAUCUUGCGUAUUUUAGUCUGGGCUUUUAAACAAGGAUGUUUUCUAGGUGAGAAGGAAAGCAGUGUGUGUUUCUCCACAUGUUUUAGUGCCCCAGUUGCAGAAAUUUGAAAUAAAUUAUGAUUUUUUUGGGGGGGGGCUGGAGCUGCUGUGUCCACUGGCUAGUUGGUGUGCUACUCAUAUUUUUAUACAAUGAAUACAACCUUUAAAGUAAAAUGUGAUUUAACAUGUUUUUAUUUCACUUGAUGUUUUUUCUGAAUUUCAAGUUGAAGCUGUUCAUGCCCGCAAAAGCGCCCCUCAGCCAAAAUCAAUGUCAUGUCAUUGAAGUAGAUUGAUCCCAGGAUGACUCCAGUAGCUGUGUGUGGAUUAUGGCUCAUAAAAGAGAUCAUAGUUGUUCCACAUACUUCAAUGUUUGUGCCUUUUUUUUUUUUUUUUUUGCUUUUUCUUGUAUUCCCACAAAACGAGGGUGAUCUUUCAAAGAGGAUGUUUAUGAGAAAUGUUUUCUCUUUUGCUCUGUCGUCACUUCUAAUCGCUGUUGAGAUCAUUUAUUGUUCAAUAAAUCUUUUUUAUAAAUUAAA